UACGCGUAUUCGGCGAGAACGUACCAUUGCAAAACUAAACUUUCUGCAUAAAGCAUUAAAAAAAACAUUAAACAAAUGAGAAACAUUACAAUUAAGGCACUUAACGAAGAGUUUAAACAAGAAACGUGUGCUUACCUUACGUUAAAAGCUUGCAGCUUGUGUGUUGUGUGUGUGUAAAAAGCCAAAAGACCUAAGGCGAAAGAGGGGCGAAGACGAAGAGAAAAUGUCACGCAAAGCAGCAGCCACAGAAAAAGAGUGAAGAAAUUACAUUUGGGGGAAGGAAAAGAGUAUUAAAACUUAAUAACAACAAUAUUCAAAGACUACUGUACAAAAAGGCGCCAUUUCCAAUGGCAAUGCUUCCCUCGCAAAAGAAAUUGUUGUGAAAAAGGAAUCGAAAUAUAAAAUAACGAGUUGUUGUUGUUGUUGUUCAGUAUUUGUUACUCGACUGGCAGACACCUGCGAGCGCAAGGAGGAGCGAUGAAAACAACUGAACUGGUCCUGGGGAGGCGCCUAAUUACUGUUCUCGUACAGUUCUUGCUCCUUGAUUUGAAUGUCGUCGUCGUUGGUAAUUGAAUUGAAACUCGGCUGUGCUACUGGAACUGGAACUAAAACUGGGACUGGGACUGCAACAACGACUUGCACUCCUCACUGGCACAAUGCAAAGCUUGGACUCCUCAUGCCAAGAAGCAGAUUUUAUUAUAAAUGACACGCUUAAGAAGCUAAAAGGCGAUAACCCACUGAAUGCGAGCUCUCAGGGCCUGCCGCAUGCCGUUGGCUCUGCUGUUCAACAGCAAUUUGUCUACCAAGCGUCGCAGAACUCACAAGGCUCGCCACAGCCACAGAAUCAGCAACAUCAGCCGCAGCCAUACCAUCAGCUGCAUACGGUGCUGCAGGCCACAUGCUCACCCACGCUUGCCAUCAACAACAGCCAGCAGCAGCAACAACAACAACAACAAUUGCCAGCUGCUCCUGUCACUGUCAGCGUACGAUCCUUGCUACAGGCGAUACCUCAAAUACCUGCGCAACCGCCAAUCUGCAUAUUCGAUGACGACGAAUCGCCUACUGAGCUCCCGGCUAGUGGCAACAUUGUCAUACUCACGGAGCAGCCAUCUGCUUCAACUACAUCAGCGACAGGGCUGCCUUGUACUGGGAUUGCGAUAGCGCCUUCUCCUUCUUCGUGCUCCUCAUCAACAACAACGCUGUCCAAUUUGAAUUCGAUCACAUCGCCUUCACCGGUAGUUCCUGACCUGUUGUUAUCCACGCCACCGGGUGUCAAUUCCAGCUUAAAUAGCAAUAAUACCACCGCCACAACGUCACAUAUUUUUCAGCACCUGCAACAGCAACAACAGCAACAUCAAUCUUAUAGCAACGUCAAGAAAGUUGAUAAACGGCCCGCCCAAAGCAUCUCAAAUGCUUCUGGCAUUACCAGCAGUCAUAAUCAACACCAUCAUCAUCACCUGCACAUCCAUCAGUCUCAAUCGCACAACCACCAAAAUGUACCGUCAUCGCCCACAUCGUCGCCUAGUAAACGAUCGAAAAGCAGCAGUAGCACCAACAGUAAUAGCAAGGAUUGCAGUUACUCUAGUCGCAGCACAGCUCUGACGUCUGCAUCGCCCCGUGCUGGCGCCGGAACUGGCUUCAACUCUAAUACUAAUAACAAUGCCAGUAGCACCUUCUCAUCUAGUUCACUGAACAACAAACGAGAAACGACCCCGAAGUUCUUUAAUAUCCACGACAAAAUCAAGGAGCUGUAUCUGCAAUUGCUAAGUAACGAUUUAAACCAUUUUACGGAAACUGGGCUGAAGCAGCGCAGUCGCUCCUUCAUUCUGGAUCGACUUGUGGAGUGCGAGCGGUUAAACACCAUUGUUGUCAAUUUGUAUCCGGGUAAUAAAGGCUACUCCCUGGCACUUCACUACGAUGAGCAAGUAAUGCUUAAUCCGCUUACAAAUGAAUGGAUCGUCGCGGAUCCCUCUCCCAUCCAUGGAAACCACAGUAACGAGAAUUCGGCUAGCACCGCUAGUCGGAACAAAGCUCACGCCGAUAGCGACGCUACAAGCAACCUUUUCAGGAUGAAGUCGAGACUGACCGAAAGCGAUGCAUCUUCAGGAGACACAGCAUCAGCGCCUGUAUCAUCUGGCUAUGGCCUGGUUGAGGUUCUGCGCUGGCCCUAUGAAAACGAUUUGCUGCUGCAGUGCAUUGAUCGCGAACUCCUGCCUGAAUUCCUCAUGGAUCUGCUGAGCGCCGAAACAGUCAGCCUGAGCUCCCCACAAGAUGGAAGCGAGGGGUCGCGCGUGUAUGCCAAGCCUAGCGUCUUUUAUGCUGGCUGCGUUAUUGCGCAAAUACGCGAUUUCCGUCAAACGUUUGCCACCUCAACAAAUAUCUGUGAUAUGAAGCACAUACUGCUGCGGCCCAGCAAUGCGACUCUGUUUGCGGACGUGCAACAACUGGGCAGUUCGUUGGGCUGGGCCGGCUCAACGCCGGAAGACCGACUAACGAUCGAAAGCCAACUGGUGCUGGCCACGGCCGAGCCACUGUGUCUGGAGCCAGACCCAAGUAUAGGUCGACAGUCCAUCAAUGCGCAGCAUGAGCGUCAGCGCUUCAACUCGCACGAAAUGCGCCGCCAGAUGAAAAAGUUUACCCAGGUGGCCAUCAAUCGCAAGCGCAAGCUAGAUCAGUUCACGCAUCAUCAAGGCCUCGAGCUCUGUGACUAUCUCACACGCCUGCGUCAGCGUCCGCGUACCUCUAGCAACAGCACAGCGAACGCAACCCCCGCGACAGCUCCCAGUAACAAUCCGUUGGUGGGUGCUAUGCUCUCUUCAUUCACCUCAAAGGUGCCCCGGCGACCGCAUGAAGUCAUCAGACCUAUAAGACCACCCACCCUCGACUACCCGGCCAAGCUAAAGGUGCCCGAACACGUGAUAAGUGUGGAGAAGUAUGCUAAGACUUUCGAGCCACUAAAUGAAUUCAGCGAUGCUUGCAAGGAAGGAUGUCAGGCCAACUGCCGACACAACUUUCAGCCACAGCUCAUUGAGGAAUAUGUGCUGGAGACGGAACGCGAAGCGAGUGAGGGCCGGCGUGCUCUGUACCACAUCAAACUCUCUAUUUUCCAGCGUCCCUCCGAUGCAGAAUAUCUCGGUGAGUUGUACGUGGACCGUGACUACCGCGACGGUGAGCGCAAUGGAGAAUCGUGUCGAUUUGCUUUGGGUACUCGUGUCCAUGCGAAUCGGUAUAUUCAACAAUUCCGGGAGAUAUUUACUGAAGAGGGACGCAAGGCUGUUAAGAUCACGCACCUGAUACCUGGACAUGUGCCAAUUGUUACCCACACUGGACUUACAAAUGAACAGCGAUUGCUAUUGCAACAACAGCAACAACAACAACAACAACAGCAGCAGCAGCAGCAGCAGCAGCAACAACAACAGCAGCAGCAGCAGCAACAACAACAACAGCAACGACAGUUUACUCAGCAACCGCAACAGCUACCCGCUACGGUGCAUCAUGUAGCACAAGCACAUCCAAGCGUUACUCUCUCUCGGCAACCAGCAAUUGUUACGAAGGUGUCGAGUCUGCAACAAACUGUUCGGCAGCAACAGCACGCGCUUGCCACUACUCAAUUUAAUGUAGAUGGAACAUUGCAAAUCCAUCAGCAGCAGCAGCAGCAGCAGACUCAACUUGGCAGUGGUAACAACAGCAUUUUACAGCAGCCAACGCAACAGCAGCAACAGCAACAGCAACACCCGCAUAUACAGCUUCUUACAACUAGCGGCAACGCAUCCAGCAGUACUACACAUCAAGUGAGCCUGGGUAACGGGUCGCUGGUGCUGCUACAACAACAACAGCCGCAUCAGCAGCAACAGUUAAAUACCACAAUGCAGCACUCAGGCAUCACUAUUCAUCCAGCUAACAUGCAACAUCAAAAGACGACUCCAGCUCAGUUGAACACGGCAACAGGUGCCAAUUCCGCAUUACGUGCUCAGCUCAACUCCAACGUGCCAAUUCUCCAAUCGCAGCUGAAGGCUUCGUCGAUUGUUACCACACAUCAACUGCUACAGAAGCAACAGCACCAGCAGCAGCAACAACAACAACAAAUAACUGCCACAAACAACAAUACAAUCAACAACAACAAUAAUAACAACAACACGGCCAUGCAUCCAAAUCCUGCGAUAAAUGCCAUAGUCACCAGCAUCAUGAACUCUGCUAACCAAUACCAACAGCAGCAGCAGCAACACCAUCAACAACAAGAACAGCAACAGCACUCCAGCGGCACGCCCACUACCAACAGCAACUCUGCCCCAAUCAUGAACAUAAGUAGCAACAGUAGCACAAGUCCUGCAACGCCUUUAAAGAACUCGAGCAAUGCAUCUAUACUAAAUUUGCUCAAUAGUGCUCCAGCGGCUAUGACCAGCACUCCAGUGGCUAGUGGCACGUUCACUACGUCGUCGACGGGUCAGCAGCAAACGUUGACAUUGGUGCAGCAUCAGCAACAACAACAGCAAUCGGUUCCCGCCAGUGUGGAUGCAACAACAGCCACCUAUGUGCAGACGACUCGCGGAACACCCACGCUUAUGAAUGCUCAACGCAAACAACCAUCAAGUGAGGUUUUGCAGAGCCUUUUGAAUUCGAACCGUAAAAUUAACAUAGUUGGUGCGAGUAGUGGAACAACGUUUCGAACUAACUCAGCGGGUAAUCUUAUAGCCGUCAAUCUUAAUCAGGCGCAAGGUCAAGGGGCACAGCAGGGGGGUGAUGGCAGUCAGGCAGUGCGUGUGUCCAUGUCUGCGCUUGCGUCCCAGCUGGCAUCGCCUCCGGCAGUGAUGACUAAUCCCCCCACUGGGUAUGGCGCUUACACCGUCAGCACAGGCGGCGUUUGCGGCAGCCUUAAAAUACUCAAUACAGGCCAACAGCAGCAGCAGCGCAUACUAAGCUCAUUGCGAAGGGAUAGCACUACUGCGCCACCAAAUGCCAUUGUGGUAGGCAUGGCAGCACCUUCACCUGGCAGCGAUUCCAAUGCUUCAAAUGCAAGUGGCUUUGCAGUACCGACUAACUUAUCGUCUGCAUCAAGCGGAGGCAGCGGUGCUCUCAACGCAUUACUCACAAAUGCUGCCACGCCCUCGCCGUCUGGCUCAGAUCAUUCACAAUCGUCUCAAACGCACCCGAAUCAGGUGUUACUUGAAAGACUCAGCAACGUGACUUCAAAUGUUUCAGCCGUGUCAGCGGUGGCUAUGCCGCACAUGUCGCCACAACAACCAACUUCGGCACAGUCGAACCAACAACAGCAGUUCAUCACCAAGACACUUGUGCACUCGCCCGCCACAUCAUCCAUACACUCGCCAAUGUCUAGUCCGCAUCCACAGCCGUCUGCCUCCCCCCAACAGCAACAGCAGACAACAGCGACGCUAAAUCUACAGGGCAUCAAUCUGUCCCAGCUGCAGGGCGCCAUGGCGAACUUUGCGGGCCUUCAGAAUGUACAGGUUCAGAUUCCAGGCUUUACGCAGCCCAUUUCAUUGCAAUUCUCCGGCAACAGUUUGCAGACACCAGUGCAGGUACAACAGCAACAAACGCAGCAACAGAGCACGGCAUGUGGCGGCACAGCGAGUGGAUCAUUGGCGCCGGCGCAGACGCAACAGCGCAGCGUGUUGGUCUCGGUGCCUGUAUCGACGCAGCAACAACAACUGUCGCACUCGAUUACAUUGCAGACGACGCAAUCAUCGCCUCAACAGCAACAACAUGCGCCGCCUACAGGGACCAUAGUCAGCCUGCCCUCGUCGGUGGGUGGCACCCAAACUGUAGUCAUUACAAGCAAUGCAGCGAGCAGUGGAAGUACCACUGGAGGCGGUGGUAACGGAAGUGGAACAGGAACUACAGCUAUGCUCACGCUUCCCAUUGCUCAACUAGUCGGUGCCGGAGUACAGAAACUAAAUCCUCAAACAAUACGUACCUCAAGUGGUGGUGGUGUAGGUGUUGUAACGACAGCAACAACCGGAGCUAUGCAGCCCAGAACACGCAACGUCCAGGUCGUGGGGACUAAGCAGCUGGCCAGUAGUCGACAGCUGCUGACCGCACAGCGUCAGAUUGGUAGCUCAACGCUAAAGAUUGCGACAACGGCUGUCAAUAGCAACGCCGUUACAAAUAGCACUAAUAUAAGUACCGGGCCGAUUGUGAUGUCUGCGCAGAAAAUGCAACUGAAGACAGUGAAAACGCCGACACAGCAGCACCGAGUACUCAAUCAGGGCACCACCGCAGGUUCCCAAACCCUGCCUAGUCCCAGUCAAGUGCAACAUCAACAACUGCAGCACAUACAAAUCACUGGACGUACGGCGCCAACAAAUACCAGCGUAAUGAGUCAGCGCACCCUGACAGCUCUAGCAGCGGCCAAGCAGCAGCAGCAACAGGCAGCCGUUAAUCGACGGCGGUCCACCACCGAUGCAACCAAGUAAAAGAGCUACUUUUUUAAGCAAUGAAC